AGCGCAUGUUUUUUGGAUGAAAGAAUUCUGUAUUUAAAUUUUGAUUUUCUCAGAAUUAACAAUUCUCAUAGCUGUUUUUGACAUGUCUAAUGUACCAGCUGUUGUUGAAACGCAUUUAGAUGCUCUGUCUUAUGAUUCAAGUGGGAAAAUAAUUUUAGGUUCAUCAAACCUAACAGGCAGAUACUGGAAUGGAUCUUUAUGGUGCUUUAAGGAUGUUAGCGAUGCUCCAGAAGUUGAAAAAUGCUUAGCUGGAACUGAACUUUCUUCUGGUAUUUGUGAUCUGGUAUGCUUGGAUAAAAGUAGAACAGCUGUUGCUUUAGAUUCAGGGUCUUUAGAAAUUUAUCAUCUUGAUGCUGAAUCGUCAAAUUUUACCAAUGAGUUUAGAGCUUGUGAGCAUGAUGACUUUGUGACUUCUAUUUCAGUGAGUAGUGAUAAAACCAGACUAGUGAGUUCAAGUGCAGACAAAUGCAUUAAAGUGUGGGAUUUAGAUACUUAUUCAACAACAGAAACUUAUAGGCCAGUUCAUGCAGGAAUUAUUUGGCAAAUAGCAUGUUCAACUGAAGAUCCUCAUUUGUUUGCAUCUUGUGGACAGGAUGGAAAAAUUCUCCUACUUGAUCGAAGACUAGCAAAACCAGCUGUUGUAAUUGAUAGUAGCCCAUUAAAAAGCGAAAUAACUGCCAUAUCCUGGAAUCCUCAUAAAUCAAAUCAGAUUGCUGUAGGAGAUGAAAGUGGCCAUAUUGCUAUUAAGGACAUCAAAAAGAAUGUAACGCUAUCUUCAUGGGAUGCUCACAAACGUCGUGUCUUCAGAAUAAAAUUUUCACCAAGGUCUCCAUGGCUUGGUAGUUGUUCUGAUGAUACAGAUGUCUGUGCAAUGGAUCUAGAUAAAGACAUUCCAACCCUAAUGUACAAAAAUAACGACCAUGAUGAUUUUGUUCGAGAUCUUGCUUGGAGUCCAGAAAAUUAUUUGAUUUCCUGUGCUUGGGACAAGAAAGUUUUAAAACAUGUGUUUACCGAAACAGAUGUUACUGUUUGAUUUCUAUGUUAUCAUAAAGUGUUCCAAAAUAAAAUAAAUUGAUUUGAUUUUACUUUGUCUGCUAAAAUUCAUCUUGCUUGUUCUGAUAAAGGCUUUUCGUAUUUUAUUAAUCUGCAUAGAUUAAAUAAAACUAUUUUUACUUCA